AGGCCUGAACCCCCUCAGUGAGAUCAUUAACAAGACUGGCUACGGAUACCGACUACGAAACGGAGCGGUUGUCAGCCACCUCCUGUACAUGGAUGACAUCAAGCUGUAUGCCAAGAGUGAACGAGACAUCGAUUCACUGAUCCACACUACCAGGCUAUACAGCAAUGACAUUGGAAUGUCGUUCGGACUGGAGAAGUGUAGUCGGAUGGUAACAAAGAGAGGGAAGGUAGUCAGAACUGAGGGGAUUGAACUACCAGAAGGCAACAUUGCAGACAUAGAGGACAGUUACAAGUACCUGGGGAUCCCGCAGGCGAAUGGGAACCAUGAAGAGGCCGCUAGGAAAGCUGCAACCACCAAGUACCUGCAGAGGGUCAGGCAAGUCCUGAGGAGUCAGCUGAACGGUAAGAACAAGAUCCGGGCCAACAACACCUACGCCCUGCCCGUGAUCAGGUACCCUGCUGGGGUAAUAGGCUGGCCAAAGGAGGAGAUAGAAGCCACUGACAUAAAGACAAGAAAGCUCCUGACCAUGCAUGGAGGGUUUCACCCCAAGUCCAGCACCCUGAGGCUGUACGCUAAGUGGAAGGAAGGAGGCCGGGGACUGGUGAGUGUCAGCACCACAGUCCAGGAUGAGACAAGAAACAUCCACGAAUACAUCACGAAGAUGGCCCCAACUGACAGCGUGCUCAGUGAAUACCUCAGGCAGCAGAAACCCAAGAAAGAGGAGGAAGGCGAGGAACCAUCAUGGAAGGACAGGCCCCUGCACGGUAUGUACCACCUGCAGAUAGAGGAGGUGGCUGAUAUCCAGAAAUCCUACCAGUGGCUGGACAAAGCUGGACUGAAAGACAGCACGGAGGCACUAAUCAUGGCAGCACAGGAACAAGCACUGAGCACAAGAUCCAUAGAGGCUGGGGUCUAUCACACCAGGCAAGACCCCAGGUGCAGGCUGUGUAAAGAUGCCCCUGAGACAAUCCAGCACAUAACAGCAGGGUGCAAGAUGCUAGCAGGCAGGGCAUACAUGGAACGCCAUAACCAAGUGGCUGGCAUAGUAUACAGAAACAUCUGUGCCGAGUAUGGCCUGGAAGUUCCGAGGUCAAAAUGGGAGAUGCCCCCAAGGGUGGUUAAGAAUGACCGGGCUAAGAUCCUGUGGGACUUCCAGAUACAGAUGGACAAAAUGGUGGUGGCUAACCAACCGGACAUAGUGGUGGUGGACAAACAGAAGAAGACGGCCGUAGUGAUUGAUGUAGCGGUUCCGAAUGACAGCAAUAUCAGGAAGAAGGAACACGAGAAGCUGGAGAAAAACCAAGGGCUCAGAGAAGAGCUCGAGAGGAUGUGGAGGGUGAAGGUAACAGUGGUCCCCGUGGUAAUCGGAGCACUAGGUGUGGUGACUCCCAAGCUAGGCGAGUGGCUCCAGCAGAUCCCGGGAACAACAUCGGAGAUCUCUGUCCAGAAGAGCGCAGUCCUGGGAACAGCUAAGAUACUGCGCAGGACCCUCAAGCUCCCAGGCCUCUGGUAGAGGACCCGAGCUUGAAGGAUAAACCGCCCGCAGGGGCGAGAUGGAAAUUCCCCAGCUGGCUAUUCUCACUAAAGUUGAUGACGCCUGUCCCAAGGCACAAAGGAAUGUGAACAACAUCUACAAGAGUGACUACCUGAAGGAACAGGUAAAUUUUGUUAAUUUUGAAUGCGCUUUUUCAGUUACAUUUUCUAAAUUCAGCACUGAAAUCUUUUUGCAGUUACUGAUUAACUGAAAUCUUUUCAACACUCAGGUCUACAAAUUUAGCCAGUUUCUGGGC